GAAGGGGGGUAAACUCUGAGCGCACGUCUCCUCUGCUGCGCACACACUCACAGCAAAAGUGAAGUGAAGAUGCUUCUUCCCUUUCGACCAACAGUCCAGCCCGUAAGCCAUUCACUCCUCCUCCUCCUCCUCCUCCUCCUCCUUCUUCUUCUUCCUCUCCUGCCAGAGCGCCAAACUGCCCCCAUCCCUGGUUUACGGGGCUCGUCCAGCUCGGAGGAGGCGAGAGGAGGCACCAGAGAUCCGGAGCACCGUCACCCCGGCAGCGUACCCGUGGAGAGCUACGCGUCGGUAUGGGUGCGCUGACAAAAGGACGUUACCUCUCCAUGACGGGCCUCCUGAUCCUCGUUUAUUGCACAGUGUCCGUGAUCUCCAAAGGUGCCACAGGAGAUGCUCAGCCCGAUGCCCUACCCUCGGUGCAGGGCACCCUGCCGCACUUCAUCCAGGAGCCGGAGGACGCCUACAUCGUCAAGAGCAACCCCAUCAAGUUGCGCUGUCGAGCCGCACCCGCCUUACAGAUCUUCUUCAAAUGCAAUGGGGAAUGGGUGCACCAGAAUGAGCACUUUUCCCAGGAGUAUAAAGACCUCAACACUGGGCUGAAGGUGCGUGAGGUGAUGAUCAAUGUAUCCCGCCAGCAGGUGGAGGAUUUCCAUGGCCCCGAGGACUACUGGUGUCUCUGUGUCGCCUGGAGCCACCUGGGCACCUCCAAGAGUCGCAAGGCUACUGUCCGCAUCGCCUACCUGAGGAAAAACUUUGAGCAGGACCCCCAGGGGAAGGAGGUGCCAAUCAACGGGAUGAUCGUUCUGCACUGUCGCCCUCCAGAGGGAGUGCCUGUGGCGGAGGUGGAAUGGCUAAAAAACGAAGAGCUGCUGAGUUCCCUGACUGACGACAACAUCGAUACCCGCGCUGACCACAACCUCAUCAUCAACGAGGCACGACUGUCUGACUCGGGCAACUACACCUGUCUGGCCAGCAACAUCGUGGCUAAGAGACGCAGUGCCACAGCCACUGUGAUAGUCUUUGUGAACGGCGGCUGGUCCCUGUGGACGGAGUGGUCGGCCUGUAAUGUGCCAUGUGGGCGGGGUGUCCAGAAACGAUCUCGAACCUGUACUAACCCGGCGCCGCUCAACGGCGGGGCUUUCUGCGAGGGCAUGUCUGUACAGAAGAUCACCUGCAACGCUCUCUGCCCAAUUGAUGGAGGCUGGGACGAGUGGAGCGAAUGGACUGUAUGCAGCAGCCAGUGCGAGAGGCAGCGGAGUCGGGAAUGCAACUCCCCAGCACCCAGACACCGAGGCAAGAUGUGCGAAGGGAACAGCGAGGCCACUGAGAACUGCACAGAUGGAUUGUGUACCCAGAAUCGAAAGCUGCUACAUGACGUUAAACCUCAAAGUAUGGACAGCUCCAACGACGUAGCUCUGUACUCGGGCCUGGGAGCCGGCAUCAUCGCCGUGGCAAUCCUCGUAGUGGCUGUCAUGCUGUACAGAAAGAACCACAGCGAGUAUGGCGUGGACGUCAUCGACUCCUCUGCGCUCGCUGGGGGUUUCCAGUCUUUCAAUUUCAAGACCACCAGACAAGGCAACCCGCUGCUCCUCAACUCCUCGAUGCAGCCCGACUUAACAGUGGGACGGACCUACAGCACUCCCCUCUGCUUCCAGGACAGCGCCGACAAAGAGCUCUUCGACCCCCUGCCCGACAUCAAGGUCAAAGUUCAGAGCUCCUUUAUGGUUUCGCUAGGUGUGGCCGAGCGCGCAGAAUUCCACGCCAAAGCCCCCGCAGAGACCUUCCCUCGGGACCUGAGCCGGGACUACUGCAACACCGCGGACAGACGCAAGAAGGGCCUGCUCACCCUCAAUGGGCCCUUCAGCGCCGGCAAAGAGCAGCUGAGGACCACCGGCGUAUUCGGCCACCCCGGAGGCCGUCUGGUGGUGCCAAACACCGGGGUCAGCCUGCUGGUGCCUCAUGGAGCCGUGGCUGAAAAUAUGUCCUGGGAGAUGUACAUGGUGAUCAAUCAGGGAGAGGCAAGUGUCCAAACACUGGAAGGCUGUGAAAUCCUCCUGGGCCCAGAGGUUACAUACGGUCCUCCGGGUCUGGACCUCUUCUGCCCAGUGGCCAUGACCAUCGCUCACUGUGCCGAGGUGGACGCCGAGAACUGGAACAUCCAGCUCAAGAGGAAAACCCAGGACAGCAAAUGGGAGGAGGUGAUGUCAGUGGAGGAGGAGUCCACUUCCUGUUACUGCCUGAUGGACUCGACGAGCUGCCACCUGCUGCUGGACCAGCCGGGCUCGUACGCCCUGGUGGGCGAGCCCCUGACGCAGGCUGCCGUCAAGAGGCUGAAGCUGGCUGUGUUUGGGAGCAUGGAGGUCGGCUCCAUGAGCUACAGCCUGCGGGUGUACUGUGUGGACGACACGCCACACGCCUUUCAGGGAGUGGUGGCAGCAGAGAAGACCAGAGGGGGUCAGCUCCUCGAGGAGCCAAAGAUGUUGCCUUUCCGAGCGAACACCUUCAGCCUCCAGGUGUCCAUCCAGGAUGUUCCCCAGUUCUUGUGGAGCAUCAAACCCUUUACCACAUGUCAGGAGUUCUCCUUCCCCCAAGUGUGGUGCAGCAACCAGCAGCCCCUGCACUGUGCCUUCUCUCUGGAGAGAUACAGCCCUGCCACCGCCCAGCUCUCCUGCAAAAUCAGCGUGCGCCAGGUCAAAGGCCACGAGCAGAUUCUGCAGGUCUACACGGCUGUGGCCGAGACUGAAAAGGAGUCGGUUCCAUUUUUUAUGCAGACAGACUGCACCAUCACGUCCCAGACGGGGCCCAAGGCCUUCAAAAUCCCCUUGUCCAUCCGCCAGAGGAUCUGUGCCACCUUCGACACUGCCAACGCCAAGGGCAAGGACUGGCAACUCUUAGCCCAGAAACUCCACUUAGAUCGAAACCUGGGUUAUUUUGCGAAGCAGCAGAGUCCGUCUGCGGUCAUACUGAGCCUGUGGGAGGCUCGCCACCAGGACACUGCUGACCUUGACUCUCUAGCCAGCGCCCUCGAGGAGAUUGGCAAGAUCCACUCCAAAAGCUCCCCGAAGGACCAGGAUGAGCCGGAGUCUGACUUCAGUCACAUACAGGCAGGCAGUCUGUGCGGAACGGGCACACUAACAAAUCAGAAGACAGAGGACUCUGCUCCAGAAUACACAGGCUGAGCGAUAACAAAGAGACAGUGAGGGAAAACUGACGAACUAAGGCAUAUAUCUGUGUACGUGCACAGCCGGUGAUGGACGACACACUGUGGCGGUGCGCUGGAAGGUCAUCAGGUUGUCUAUGAGUGGACGGUGCAAGCAGUCAACAUGUCGAGGUGAGCCGGCACCCGCUGUGGAUCUACCCCUCUCUUUUAAGAAUCUGUCCGAGGAUGGACUGUAAAUCUUUUCCUGCCUUUCCACUCAAUUUCUAAGUUGAUCUUUGAUUUAUUUGCUCCUUAUUUUGAGUUAAAACUAUCCCCUCUGUACAUUCAUUUCCCAGCUCAGAGGGUGAGUGGGGGAGAAGGAGGAGGAGGGGGGGAAGGGUAUUUCCUAACCUUGUGCGCCCAUUGGUUUCUGAGUUUGUGUUGGAGGAGAUGGGAGCUCCUCUAUUCCUCGGGACCAGCUCCCCUCCUUUUCCCAGUGGUCAGCAUGUCAGCUGGAUACAUUUGCAUAGAGCUUCUUUUAUGCAAAUACACCUGUGGCGUCAUUUCAGAAACACCUGAUUUAGUUUCUUUCUCCCCCCCCCCCCACCCACACCAUAUCCCUGUGUCAGCAAGUGAAUGAGGACUUAGAAGCUACUUUUUUGACGUCCAAUAUUAUAUUUUUAAAAGACAGCUGCUGAUUGCUUAAAUGUUGUGAUUGUGAACUUUCAAAGCCAAGUAUCUUGAAAUUCACCCAUUUUAAUCUCUUUUAAAAAAAAAAAAAUCUAUUGGAAGUUUGGCAUUGACAAGACAGCCAGCGUUGUAUGAUCAUUUAUAUUAACAAUCCUUUAAAAAUUAGCCCCAGUCUAAUCUUGAAGGGCAGCGCGGUCAGAGUACCCAUGUGUUAUACGGAACAAAACAUGGUUGUGGCGUAAUGUGGCAGAGUGAGAUUUCUAACCGUGGCAUUACAGUUCAUUACAGUUUCCUCCGCCAAGAGAUAGAGAGGGAGGAAGCUGUAAAACAUCAUUUCCUGGCACCGCAGGGAGCGUAUCGCCGCAUCUUAUCACCCAAUUCCCACCAUUAACACCCGUCACGUAGACCUCAUAUCAGGCCCUGACACACCGGACUGCCCCCACCCCCACCCCCCA